AAUGUCUUCUAACACAUUCCUUUGCAUCAUUUGUUCUGAAACUUUGACUCGUAAUAAUAUAUACUCAAUCCCGUGCGGCCAUGUUUUUCACAAGGAGUGUAUUACAGACUGGGUCGAACAGAAAAUGUUUUGUCCUAAAUGUGGUAAAGCUACAACUAAAAGGGGUAUUAAGCAACUUUUUGUCGAGGAGAAUAAUAGUGGUAGUUCAAGCAAUAUAAAGACUGAAGAUGGUUCUACUGUGAUUAAAGUAGGUUGA